AUAGUUGCUACCAACAUAUUAUACAUCAGUAUUAAUAAUUGAAAAUGAAUAAAUUGCACUGGAUUAAGAAUCUUGAGAAAGAAGACGUUCAAAGUCUAAUUUCAACUGUUGAAAUAUUUUUAUUAGAUAUUGAUGGCGUACUGUUGCGAGAUAAAACCGUUCUUCCUGGAUCGGACAAAGCAGUGGCAAAAUUGCGAUCACUAGGAAAGAAAAUUGGAUUUGUUACCAACAAUUCUUUCUAUCCAAUGGAGGUGAUAUUAAAAAAUUUGAAACCGUUUGAAGCUUUGGAGGAAGAAAUCCUUACUCCAAAUUUCACUUUUCUAGGAUACCUAAAAAAGAUAGAUUUCAAAAAGGACAUUUAUAUGAUCGCUUGCAACUAUCCAAAAAAGCUUCUAAGGGAGGCAGGUUACAAUGUGAUCGAUUAUCAGGACAUAAAUCCAUCCUCACUGGGAGAAACCGCUUCAGCUAUUAGUAAACUUUCAUUUGACGCUUUGGAUAUUUGCAAAAAUGUUGGGAUAGUUUACUUGGACUUUGAUGCCAAUUGCCAAUAUGGUAGCUUACAGGUAGCCAAAAUACUUCUGAAUUAUUUAGAUGAUGUGAAUUUUGUUAUUGGUCCUGCUGAUAAUCGGUUUCCUAUAGAGAAUAAAAUGUAUGGUAUUGGAAAUCAAUAUUUAGUGGAUGCCUUGCUAGACUGUACCAACAAAACCCCAAUUAGGAUGGGAAAACCGAGCCAGGCUGCAGUUGAUUUGGCAAUUUCCAAAUUUGAGAUAACUGAUCCUAGUCGUACUUUGAUGGUAGGAGACAAUGCAGAAAUAGAUAUAGUAUUUGGCGCCCGAGGGGGAUUCAAAACGUUGCUGACGCUGUCUGGCGUAUGGACCAAAGAACAAGUUGAAGACUGGAAAAGUUCGGAAGAGUCCAAACCUGAUUACAUUGCUUUCAAUAUGGGAGAACUUUAUGAGCUUAUCAAGGAUAUGUGAUAAUUGAAAUAUACCUAAAGUACUGCUAGUUGUCUUUAAAUUCUAGUCCGAUCCUGAAAAUCAUUAUUAUGACAGAAAACAAGAUAUUUGACAA